CCCAUCUAGAAUUUUGAGGUGCUGCCCUCAUUGCUACACCUUGCUGCAAUACCUGUGCCUCCAGCUGUCCCAUUCUCACAUGGCUCUGUUUCUGGAGGGCAGUCAGUUCCUGGACUAGUCCAGUUAGGCCCUUCACUGUCUCCAGCAUUGCCUGAUGCGGGGUACUGCUGGGUGGAGGUACCUCAGGGGCAGCCUGCACAGCAUCAUCUGACGGGGCAGCUUGUUGCAGGCUAUUUAUCCUCUGGGCUGGCCCAUGCAUUCUACCCUCUACAUUCCUCUCCCGGGCCAACUGACACAGUUCUUCUUGCAACUGUCAGAAUGUCAUGUAGCGAGGCUGCAUAGGUGCCAACCUAUUCCACACUUCUCGGUCCCGGAUGCCCCGCAUGAACUGUUGUGUCAGUUUAUAGUCCCGAUCAGGGAAGGAUCGGCCCUGUUGGAGCUUCUCCUCUACUACCCGCAGUAAGGCUUCUAACUCGAUGGCAUAGGCUGAGGCUGUUUCUCUAGGGCGUUGGCAUCGCUCAUAAAAGUCUGCCAAGGGGUCCAAUGAUAAAUGACAGUCACUGUAUUCUGCUCUAAGCUCUUCAACAGCUCGGGCUGGAAACUGCUCCUGAGGCGGCAGAUUAAGGACUAAUUUACGGGCUCCCCCACUUAGUCAGGAAGAGGAGCUGCCAUUGCAGGGUCUGGAGGUGGCUGCCUUGAAGCUAGGUAGCAAUCGGGUGCCAUGUCUUUGGCUGGGGUGAGCUGUCUGGUGACAGGAGCAGGGGGAUUUCUUGGCCAGAGAAUUGUCUGCCUACUGCUGGAGGAAGAGAAGGAACUGGCUGAGAUCCGAGUCCUGGACAAAGCCUUUAGCAUCGAGGCACUCAAGAAUUUUACAAAUUUCAAGGGUCAGACUGAGGUGAAGAUCUUGGAAGGGGACAUCCGGGAUGUUAUGUUCUUGCACAGUGCCUGCCAGGGUGUCUCCCUUGUCAUCCAUUCGGCAUCCAUCAUUGACAUCUUGGGCAUUGUGGAGAAGCAGCUGCUCUGGGAAGUCAACGUAACAGGUACCCAGUUACUGCUGGAUACCUGUGUCCGCAAUAAUGUCCAGCACUUCAUCUACACCAGUACUAUAGAGGUGACAGGCCCAAACUGCAGAGGGGACCCCAUAUGCAAUGCAGAUGAAGAUACGGCCUAUUGGAGCUCACCAGGAUUUCUUUAUACCCAGUCUAAGAGACUGGCAGAGAUGUCUGUGCUGAAGGCAAAUGGCCAGGCACUGAAGGAUGGUGGCAUCUUCCUGACCUGUGCCUUGAGGCCCACGUACAUCUUUGGAGAAGAAAGUCCAUUUCUCCUGAAUCACCUGGAUCAAGGCCUCUUGAACAAAAAUGUCUACCUGCGGAGGUCUAGGAAAGAAGCGCUGGUGAAUCCUGUAUAUGUGGGGAACAUUGCAUGGGCUCACAUUCUCGCAGCAAAAGCCCUGAGGAACCCAGAAAAGGUCCAGCAGAUCAAAGGGAACUUCUACUACAUCUCUGAUGACACUCCUCACAUGAGCUAUGCUGACCUCAAUUAUGAGCUGUCCAAGGAGCUGGGGCUUGGGGUGGAGCCCCACUUGCCCAUGCCGCUGACGAUGUGGUAUUACUUCGCGCUACUGCUGGAGAUUGUGAGCUUCCUGCUUAGGCCCUUUGUCAAAUACAUCCCUUCCACCAACCGAAAGCUUGUGAUCUUGAUGAACACACCAUUCACUGUCUCCUAUAGGAAGGCAUGGAGGGAUUUUGGUUACGUGCCCCGCUACAAAUGGAAAGAGGCCAAGCAGCGCACCAGCCAGUGGAUUGCCUCGGUGAUUCCGCAAAGAAGGGAGUACCUGAAAAUCAAGACUGCCUAAGCCUGAGAGAAACUGAGGCAUGACAAGAGGAGCAGGCCCAUGAGCUACAGAUGAGGAGGAUAUAUUGCAGAAAUAGAAGACAACAAAGCAUUGAAACGUGAAAUCUGUGAUGAAAAACAGAAAUGAAUAAAGAAUAUUACACUCUCCAUUUGUUUGUGGUAGAUGGGCUAUCCUUAUCUUCAGGGGGUAGCCGAG